AUGACUACGUUACCCUCAGAGGCCACGACUGUCAGCGACAGUCGCACGACCUCUCUACAUAUGGCAACGACCACACUGAAGGUAGACGGCAUGACCUGCGGCGCCUGCACAUCUUCCGUGGAAAACGCAUUCAAGGAUGUCGACGGCGCAGGCGAGGUUUCGGUCAGCUUAGUUAUGGGUCGUGCCGUUGUUAACCAUGAUCCAGCUGUGUUGCCGCCUAGCAAAGUUGCCGAACUGAUUGAAGAUAGAGGAUUUGAUGCUGAAGUUCUGUCUACGGAUACACCCCAAACAUCUGACAAUAGCGAUAAAUCUGGUACACAGUCGUCUGUGACGACUAUUGCCAUAGAAGGAAUGACGUGCGGUGCUUGCACCUCCGCUGUCGAAGGGGGACUCAAGGAUGUCGCUGGUAUAUAUUCCGUCAACGUAUCGUUGUUAUCGGAACGCGCCGUGGUUGGGCAUGAUCCCGCCAUUGUUACUGCAAGUCAAAUUGCCGAUAUCAUCGAAGAUCGAGGAUUUGGCGCAUCAGUACUGGACACAAAGUCGGUGGAACCUCCCGAACGGCCGCUAUCCGACCAUUCAACUCAAAUGAUGUCUACGACAGUCGCAAUAGAAGGCAUGACAUGCGGUGCAUGUACAUCGAGUGUCACGAAUGCGUUCAAGGAUAUCGAGGGCUUGAUUCAAUUUGAUAUCAGUUUACUCGCUGAGCGUGCCGUCAUAAUACAUGAUCCUCAAGUUUUACCCUCGGAAAAGAUCGCUUCCAUUAUUGAAGAUGUAGGAUUCGACGCUCGUGUCCUAUCCUCUAUACCCCAUUUGGGAGUCUCUCAUAAGACCUCUAAGACGGUACGACUCACGCUAUACGGUCUAGAUGGCGCUGUUUCCGCAUCGUCACUACAAGAAACUCUAAUGCAGAAACCUGGAAUAUCAUCAGUCUCCAUUGAUAUCUCGACAUCUCGUGCCACUAUUGUACACAGUUCUACGACUAUUGGUAUUCGGUCUAUAGUAGAAGCGAUCGAGGAGGCCGGUUAUAAUGCAUUGCUCUCUGAAUCUGAAGAUAAUAAUGCACAGCUCGAAUCUCUUGCAAAGACCAAGGAAAUACAAGAAUGGAAACGGGCGUUUUUGUUCUCUGUGUCAUUUGCAGUGCCGGUGUUCUUCAUCUCAAUGAUCUUUCCCAUGUGUCUGAAACCUCUCGAUUUCGGCGGAUUCCGUAUCCUGCCAGGUCUCUAUUUGGGCGACGUUGUUGCCCUAGGACUGACAAUACCCGUUCAGUUCGGUAUUGGUAUGCGAUUCUACAAGAGCAGUUUCAAAUCGCUCAAACACCGGUCUCCCACCAUGGAUGUUCUCGUCAUGUUAGGCACUUCGGCCGCUUUCUUCUUUAGUGUCUUUUCAAUGCUCGUGGCCGUUCUCAGCAGCCAACACAACCGCCCAGGCACUGUUUUCGACACGAGUACUAUGCUGAUAACCUUCAUUACACUUGGUCGAUGGCUAGAAAACCGAGCCAAAGGUCAAACCUCAAAAGCACUAUCUCGGUUGAUGUCGCUUGCUCCCUCUAUGACUACCAUCUACGAAGACCCCAUAGCAGCGGAGAAGGCAACUGAAGAAUGGAACGAAAAGAACGAUGGCGCUACGUCUCACGCUGGACAGACUGGCUUGAAAGCAGUGCCAACUGAACUCCUUCAAGUCGGAGAUGUCGUACUCUUACGCCCGGGAGAUAAGGUUUCUGCUGACGGAGUAGUCAUUCAAGGCACAAGCUAUGUUGAUGAGAGUAUGAUUACAGGCGAGGCUCAUCCGAUCAACAAGAAGAAAGGUGACGCCGUCAUUGCUGGUACUGUUAACGGGGCUGGCUCCCUUGAAUUCAAAGUGACUCGUGCUGGUAGCGAUACUCAAUUGAGUCAAAUUGUGAAAUUGGUGCAGAACGCUCAAACGAGUCGCGCUCCGAUUCAGCGCAUGGCAGACAUUGUCGCAGGCUAUUUCGUUCCUAUUAUCAUUCUUCUCGGAUUGACCACGUUCGUCGGCUGGAUGAUUCUGAGUCAUGUAUUGCCCCAUCCACCCAAGAUAUUCAAUAAGCCCGAGAACGGUGGUAAGAUAAUGGUCUGUCUGAAGCUGUGCAUCUCAGUCAUUGUCUUUGCAUGUCCCUGCGCUCUGGGCUUGAGUACUCCCACUGCCGUCAUGGUGGGAACUGGUGUUGGAGCAGAAAACGGUAUUUUGUUCAAAGGUGGCGCUGCUCUAGAAGCCGCCACCAAGGUCAAUCACAUCGUCUUUGACAAGACCGGAACAUUGACGGAAGGUAAAAUGAGCGUCGCUGAAAUUAAACUGGAACCAACCUGGAAGAGCAAUGAUUGGCGCCGCAAGCUUUGGUGGCAGAUCGUUGGUCUCGCAGAGACUAAUAGCGAACACCCAGUAGCGAGAGCUAUUGUUGCUGCGGCAAAGCAAGAGAUGAGUUUGAUGAAGGACGAUACUCUGGAUGGAACCAUAGGCACCUUUGAUGUAACCGUUGGGAAGGGUAUAUCAGCCACUGUCGAACCCAUGUCAAGUGUGGAACGGACUCGGUAUCAUGUUCUUAUGGGCAAUGCUAUCUUCCUUCGCUCCAGCGGUGUGAACGUUCCAGAGUCUGUUGAUCAAACUACACUGAAAGAUACUGCUUCCGCUGGAUCAAAAAUGGACGAGUCUGCAGGAUUUACCCAGAUUCAUGUUGCCAUCGACGGUCAUUACACAGGUACAAUUUCGCUACGGGACGUGCUCAAACCUAGUGCUGUUGCAGUUGUUGCAGCACUACAUAAGAUGGGGUAUCAUGUCUCAAUUGUUACUGGUGAUACCUACCCUGCCGCGUUGGCAGUCGCGCGCGCUCUCGGCAUUCCCAAGGACUCCGUCAAGGCAGGCGUUGUCCCCAGUGGAAAGAAGAAAAUCGUUGAGUCCUAUCAAGCUGCAGGCGACAAAGUGGCCAUGGUUGGCGAUGGAAUCAACGACUCGCCAGCUCUGGCAACUGCAUUGGUCGGUAUAGCCCUCGCUUCCGGAACCGACGUCGCCAUGGAAGCCGCCGACGUGGUUCUCAUGCGAUCCGAUGACCUCCUCGCCGUCCCAGCAAGUUUAUCACUUGCUCGCACCAUCUUCAACCGUAUCAAGUUGAACCUGAUCUGGGCCUGCGUCUACAACAUAAUCGGUCUCCCAUUCGCCAUGGGGAUUUUCCUACCAUUCGGCGGUGCACCCUUACCCCCAAUGGCUGCGGGCGCUGCAAUGGCAGCAUCCAGUGUAUCCGUGGUAGGAAGUAGUCUCCUUCUCAAAUUCUGGAAACGACCUGGUUGGAUGGAAAUUGAGCAACUUGAGGAAGACGCCAAUUCAGGAUUCACCAAGCCUCCUACUUCAUCUUCCACGGCAUCAAGAUGGAAAGCAAGUCCAUUCAAUGGUGCUGGUAGUAACAGACACGGCACUGUCUCUCGUCUUCGCACCGCGUUCACAAAACUUGUGUUUGGUAGACAAUCCAAACAAAUCCGAGAAGAGGAGGGAUAUCACGAAUUACUAUGUUAUGUCUACGAACGGAAUAUGAAAAACUAUGAGACUUUUUCCAAGGUUCCCUUCGUAAGAUUAUUCAGGGGGCCUAGUCAACUUAACGUACUCCACAGGUCAUCCAGACACCGCCCAAAAUGCUCGCUUACGCAGCGCCAACUACUAAAGUUAUUACUGGCGCUCAAACUACCGGGGAUCCUGAACUUAUUCAACCUGGCUAGCGAGAAUGGGUUACUAGCAUUGAAACAGUCGAAGCAACUGGUGAAGUCUUACCGUCUUCAAAGCACAGCACAAGCAGAAGGAUCGGUUCAAUGA